AUGAAGUCUACGUAUUUGAGAGAAUACAAACUAGUCGUUGUAGGUGAUGGUGGUGUUGGUAAAAGUGCUCUUACGAUACAACUGAUUCAAUCGCAUUUUGUUGAUGAGUACGAUCCCACAAUUGAGGACUCCUAUCGAAAAAAGUGUGAAAUUGAUGGAGAAGGAGCACUUUUAGAUGUUCUCGAUACAGCUGGACAAGAAGAAUAUUCCGCUAUGAGGGAGCAAUAUAUGCGAACUGGUGAAGGAUUUCUCUUGGUAUACAACAUAACUUCUCGGUCAUCCUUUGAUGAAAUAAACACAUUUUAUCAACAAAUUUUACGAGUCAAGGACAAAGAUAACUUUCCUGUCGUUUUAGUCGCCAACAAAUGCGAUUUGGAGAGCGAAAGGGUAGUUUCUCGAGCUGAAGGAGAGGCUCUUGCUCGAAGCAUGAAAUGCAUCUACGUUGAAACCUCAGCAAAGCUCCGAUUAAACGUUGAGGAAUCUUUCUACAGUCUUGUCAGAACCAUUCGUCAUUUUAAUAAAUCUGAAGAGAGAGGACUUCACACAAAACAAGCUACGCAAGUACCAAAAUCUCAGCCGGCUGCUAAAGCUACUAGAAAUUCCGCUGCAACUCAGACUGCUGAUACUUCUUCGACAAAGUGUUGUGUAAUUUGUUAG